AUUUCUGUUCAUUAAUUACAUGGCAAGAAAUAAAAUGAAGGUUAGCUUAAUUUUGAGUCUUUCUUUACUUCUAUGCCUCGUUAACAUCGAACAAUGUCACGGAGGGGAAGGAGAUGUUCUUUUGAAAUUUCUAGAGACACGACCGACGAAACAAUUGUUUACAACUAAUGUCAGUGAAGGUCAAGUGGAAGCUGAGGAAAGGGUUAAUUCAGCAUUUGGAUCCUUAAUAGGUCAGAAAGGGUCCAAGGAAGAUGAUAAAAUAUCAAAAUUAACCGGGCAACCAAGUGGGGUGAAUUUUGAUCAAUAUUCAGGAUAUGUUACUGUUGAUGCCGAUGCUGGCAGAGCUUUGUUCUAUUACUUCACUGAAUCAACUCAAGACUCUACUAACAAGCCUCUUGUCUUAUGGUUGAAUGGAGGUCCGGGAUGUUCAUCAUUUGGAAAUGGAGGAAUGGCCGAAUUGGGACCUUUUCGAGUAAACAAUGAUGGAAAAACCUUGUGGCUCAAUGAAUUUGCUUGGAAUAACGUGGCAAAUAUACUCUUCUUAGAAUCACCUGCUGGGGUUGGAUUUUCUUACUCUAAUCGAUCAUCAGAUUAUGUAAUUGGAGAUAAACGUACUUCUGAAGAUAGCUAUACUUUCCUAAUCAAUUGGAUGGAAAGAUUUCCUGAAUAUAAAAACAGGGAAUUUUAUAUCGCUGGUGAGAGUUAUGCUGGACAUUAUGUACCUCAACUAGCACAACUUAUCCUUUCCCAUAAGAAAACCGAUCCCCAUCAUGCCAUUAACUUGCAAGGAAUUGCAACAGGGAAUGCGUAUAUUGACAUGGAAACGCAAAAUAGGGGUUCAUAUGACUUUUAUUGGUCCCAUGCCAUAGUUUCAGAUGACGUCCAUGAAGGAAUUGUCUUAAAUUGCAAUUUUUCUGCAUCGAGUUUUUCAGAAACUUGUUCCGAAUACAAAAAACAAGCAGAUUUCUCUCGAGGUGACAUUUAUUAUUAUGACAUAUACGCUCCAUUGUGCGGCUCCCCACAAAAUACUUCUCUCCCAAUUUCUGGAUACGACCCAUGCACAAGCUACUAUGUAGAUUCAUACUUAAAUACUGCUGAAGUGCAACAAGCACUCCAUGUCAGAGGAAUACCCCAAGAAUGGGGUUCUUGCAAUUUAUCCAUACAUGCAAGUUGGCAAGAUUCACCUGAUACAGUUUUACCAAUCUUUCAAGAGCUUAUGCAAAGUGGGAUUAGAGUUUGGAUAUAUAGUGGAGAUACAGAUUAUAUAGUAUCAGUGACAACAAGUAGGUAUGCCAUAGACAAAAUAAAAACACCGAUUAAGAAAUCAUGGUACCCCUGGUACUUCGAAGGCGAGGUUGGUGGUUACGCUGUUGAAUACCAAAACUUAACAUUUGUGACAGUAAGGGGAUCAGGGCAUUUUGUCCCUGGAUAUCAACCUGGUCGUGCUUUGACCAUGUUUUCAUCCUUCAUCAAUGGCACGCUUCCUCCUGAAUAUAAUAAAUAA